AUGGCGCCUCCCAAAGGCGUUGGAAAACGGAAAACCACUGUCAUAUACAGCGACGACUCUCCGACACCACCUGUUCCCACCCUGGCCGAGCAAUUGUCGUAUCUCCACUAUGCUCGUCCAUUCAAGAACCCCCACUACACCAAGAAUGUCAACCGGCGUACCAAGAAUCUGAAAGCCGUACUCACUCAGGAACGUGAACGCGAGAAGAACGAGCGCGAGAAACGUAGACAAGAACGAGAGGGGAACAUGGAAGUGGAUGGACAGGCUCCCCCGGACGACGCUGAGGAGGAUCUCCCCACAUAUGCGUCUAUUGAGGCACCCCCGUCAGUGCUUCCCCAGAGGAGAUUUUGCGAUAUCACUGGACUCGAGGGACCGUACACUGACCCCGCGACGGGCUUGCGGUACCACGACAAGAACAUAUAUGAACUUGUCAAAGGCCUCAGUGCACCCGCUGCGAAGGAGUAUCUCUCGGCGCGGGGUGUGAACCCGAUUGUCAAGUAA